AUGACUGCUCGGACUAGACCUAUUGAUAAGUUUGCUAAGGCUACGGCCAAGUGUUCUAUCGAGGCGGCAGCAUAUGGCAAGUGUAUUCUUGCCGACUAUACCUCUGUGCACAAGGACAUGUGUGCCAAAGAGUUCUUGAAGCUAAAGGACUGUUAUUUGGCCGCGUCGAAGAAGAGCUAA